AUGAAAGGGCUUCUGGAACUGCGACUUUCCAUGGAUGGCGUGGGUCGACAUGAUAAACUCGGACAGCCUCUCACUCUGCUCAUUCCAUUCCAUUCCAUGAGUCCCCAUGCGGAGCUCUUCAGCCGCCCUUCUGGGGCCAAUCUUGCCGAACAAACCCCCGACGAUGACCCUGAAGAAACUGUGGUCUUCUCUGUGAAAGAAAAGGUGAUCGAAUCACGGUGGUGUGUUCUACCAUAUAAAGGGUUCAUCGCCGAAACUCCUGUAUCCACCUUCGGCGAAAUCAUCUCUCUAGCAUUCGAUGAUGUGAACAGCUCUUAUAAUGCAGCCAAGCACUCCCGUUUCGACGAAAUGUACCACCCGCAUCUGGGCACAUUCCGGGAACGAAAAAUGUACACAUCACUGGCACCAAGUCUGUGCAUACCGUGGAGGAAUCGACGAUGCUUGUACGAACUCUCUCCUUACAAGGCGUACUCACCGAAACAGAGCGAGUGGCUGGUAGAGCGUGAUAGAAACUAUCGAGUAAUGCUUCCUCGCACUACAAUGAAAACACACAGUCAUUACGAGAUGCUGCGGGUACCGAGCCUCAGACGCUGCUACACUUUACCUACAAGCACCACAAGGUUCGAGAACUAUUUUCGAUACUGGCGUGGACGAGUUUGUGGCCUCGACUAUAUCGCACCGUUCCUUCAACCGGAUGACUGGAGACCAGGAGAGGUUUGA